AGCAUACAACUUACCAUCCAUCUCUUUCUCCAUCUGCAAUUUCAUUUUCACCAACUCUCCCCUUUGUCCACGCUUUGUUCAGCUCUUGAUCCACUCUUUAGCCAUAUUUUGAAGGAAUCACCUCUCCUCUGCUAUCAUUUCAUCAACCAGAUCUCCUCUCCUUCACAUUCUGCUGCAGAAUACAUCAUCUUAGCACUCAUCUCUCUCUUGGACCACGCACAUCUCCACUACUUUUCAGAAUUCAAAAGGAAAGCUAAAUCCAAGAACCUUGUUCCUCAUUAUGGAAGCUAUUGGAGCCACUGCUCUCUCUGCUUCCUUGGAGUGGUUGAGCGAGUAUUUGGGAUCCAAGUUGCUUGGAUGGUGGAAUCAACAGGAGCAAGUUGGUGAGUUACUUGCCAGACUUGAAGAGUCCACAGUUGAGAAUUCUGAAAAAUCUGAGUUCCUACGGGAGGGUGAUGAUAGCAGCACUGUGACAGUGAAUCUUGAAAGAACGAGUGUUUCUGGUUUGGGAAAACUCAACAAUCCCGGUCGUCUCUGCAGCUUAUCAAUAAGUGAUUGUGAAAGUUUUGAGUGCUUACCAGAAAGGUUGCUGUCUACCUCCACUCUUAAGACUCUGUGGAUAUCAGGUUGUGAUAAUCUCAAGUUUCUGCCCAAUGGAAUGUACAAUUGCACGUCUCUCCAAGAAUUAGGUAUAGGAAAUUGGCCAGGUAUAGCAUCCAUUGCAGGGGGAGGUUUACCGCCGAAUCUUAAAAAGCUUGUGAUCGGUUGUGAGGGCUUGAAGCAGUCAACGUUAGAAUGGAGGCUUGACAUGCUUACGUCUCUUGAGAAACUUGAGAUUCGCGGGAUAUGUCCUCCGGAUGAUUGGCUUCCCACUUACCUAAAAACUCUUACAAUAGGAAAAGUGAGUAAUCUGGAAUCCAUAUCUAAAGGGCUCCUCCAAAACCUUGCUUCUCUUCGAGAGUUGAGAUUUGUUGAUUGCCCGAAUCUCAAGAACUUGCCAGAGGAAGGUCUGCCUCCCUCGUUGGAAGUGUUCGAGAUCCAAGACUGUCCACUUCUAGGACAACGGUGCUUGAAGGAAAAAGGAGACUAUUGGCCCCUUAUAUCCAACAUUCAGAAAACAGAAAUAUGGGACACACUCAGUUCUUGGUGAGGAAGAGCAUGAAGAUACCUGGAGGUUUAAACAUUGGUGGAAUCAGUGAAUUUGAGCAAAUUUUGGAGCUGAAUCUAAUUUGGAACUGAUGGACGUUGAUACCGUAGAUGCUGGCUCAAGCAGAAUGUAGAAAAUGCAUAAGAGAGAGGAGUUGCAGUCUUAAAUUAGUGCCAAAUGCACAAGCUUAUGAUACUAUUUAUGAUGGUUUGUUAUUUGAAAAACAUUUGACAAAGUUGAUUGUUGGAAGCUGGAUUCUUUUUCUUCUUAAACCUAAUAUGAUGACACCACUGUCUCUAAAAACA